ACUAGAUAUACCGUUGCGCGCUGUAGGUUAAUUUAGUUUUCCAUAAUACCAUAGACGCACCCUUCUCCAUUGCAGACUGAAUUCAAAGCGCUCGCGUCGCUCACUAAAAAGUAGCACAAGAACCUAUGCUCCAGUAACCCGCCCGGUCACCUUUGAGGACAGGAUAAAUCACGUCAUCCUGCACGACAGCAGACACUGACAAAUAUUGUUUUAAAUCUGUCGGAAGAAAUUCCUUUUAUUCAGAAGUCAGCUUUCAUUUUCAAGACGACUUUCGUAUUCGCUUUUCUGCGUCUCUUUUAACAUAUCUAUGGAAAUCACAUUGAUUAGUAGUUUCAUAACGAAGGCAAGUGUAAUGGUUUUAUUAUAAGAUUAACUAUGGGUGCUAAUAUCCUGGAAUCUAAUAUAAGCACCAACUUCACUCCCGGCGGCUACACGGGGACAGUCCACGAAACUGGAGGGGCUCACCCGGGCUAUAUGAUGGUGAUUCUUGCCGUGCUUAUGAUUAUUCUGGUAGUCGUGGUUGUGGCUGGCAACGCACUUGUUAUCCUGGCUUUCAUUGUUGACAAGAGCCUACGAAAUCAAAGCAACUACUUCUUCCUCAACCUUGCCAUUUCUGAUUUUCUUGUUGGUGCAUUCUGCAUCCCUGUAUACAUCCCCUACAACCUGACAGGCCGCUGGGUGCUGGGCAGAGGUCUCUGUAAGCUGUGGCUCCUCAUGGACUACUUGCUCUGCACUGCCUCUGUCUUCAACAUAGUCCUCAUCAGCUAUGACCGGUUCCUCUCCGUCACCAGAGCAGUGAAAUAUAGAGCUCAGCGGAGCAUGACCCACCAUGCUGUGGUGAAGAUGGUGGCUGUGUGGGUGUUGGCCUUCCUUCUCUAUGGCCCUGCCAUUAUCUUCUGGGAGCUGGUUGUGGGUAAAAGCAUCGUCCCUGCGGACGAGUGUUUCGCUGAGUUCUACUGCACCUGGUACUUCCUACUCAGUGCGUCUACGUUUGAGUUCUUCACCCCCUUUAUCUCUGUGACCUUCUUCAACCUGAGCAUCUACCUGAACAUCCAGAGGAGGAACAAGAGCAGGGCUAUCCGUAAGGAGGACACCAAGGCACACAGGGACAGGGGCAGUCUCGGGGACGGGGGUGCUACCUUGUCUGUGUUUUUUGUCAAGACUCGCAAGGUAUCAUCGAGUGAGCCAACUGCUGUUUCAGAGGUGAUAGAGGAGGACGAGGAGCUGUCGCCAUCCUCCAGUGGGGAGCCCAGCAGCGGACACACCUUCAUUCAGAGAAACAAGGGCCCUUCCUGCAGGAAAACUUCCAGGCUCCUCCAUUUCCAGGCCCCCAUCGUGCCAUCCAGCAGGAGCUCAGAGGGCUCCCGCCUCUCCCGCGACAAGAAGAUUGCCAAGUCGCUGGCCAUUAUAGUGUGCAUUUUCGGGAUCUGCUGGGCACCUUACACCCUAACGAUGAUAAUACGAGCGGCCUGUAGCGGGCGAUGUGUGGAGCACUACUGGUACGAGGUGACGUUUUGGCUCUUGUGGCUGAACUCUGGUAUUAACCCUUUCCUUUACCCUCUAUGCCACAGCAGCUUCCGAAGGGCUUUUGCUAAGAUACUGUGCCCCAAGCGUCAGUCUGUCCAACCUCACAUUGAGACCCAGUCUUGCUAGUGAUGCAACGUAUGGCUGGCUGGGAGUCACUGGAGUGAGAAGACUACUGCAAAUGGAUAUGGAUUUUUUUCCUCAGGCAUUGUGGAAUGUUGUGUACAUAGCUCAGCCAUGAAUAGGAGUGUGAAACACUUUUUUAGAUACUCACUUUGGUCUUUGUUAUUCAAAUAUGAUAGAAAAAUGUUUAUUACUGAUAUCCCUGUUUUUUCGUUUCAGACACAUCAAAUCCUUCUAUGUGCCAAGUUUGAAAUUUGCACUUAGAGGGUAAAACCAAGUGUUUGUAUUUACAUUUCAGAAGUAAAUCUACAUAUACUGUAAUAUUGAAAUACUAGUUGUUGUAGAUAUAUUUGUUGUGUUGUUGCUAAUGCAUUCGGGUGUGAAUAGUGUAGGUGCAGAUGCUCCUAGGACUUGGAGGAAAUCUCAAAUCUUAUCAGUGCUUCGUGUCUCUGCCAGUUAUAGAUCUGAAUGGUACUGGUAUACUUGUAAAUGUGCUAUGUAGAAAAAUAUUUUCACUGUUAUUUUCAGUGAAAUGUGAAAGAAUAGUUCAGUGUAAUACCAAAUCAAGUGUUCCUUGGUGUGUGUGUGAUUUUCAUGUGUUUACCCCUACUUCUACAUCACUUUGUUGCGAACAUGGUGAUGACACAGAGGUAAUAUACAGAUGUAGGAUCUUAAUUUGAGACAGUUUGCUAGAGCAGGAAAAUAAUAAUGCAGCAACAGGAAAUGUGAAUGAUGAUGCAAAUUAUAAUUAAUGGACAUUUUGGUAGGGGUUCAUACAUUUUUCAUGAGGGUAAAUCAAGUCUCAAGUUUCAAUGUGGAAAUUACAAACUUCAGAAGCCUUUUUAAACCUUUUUUAAUAGUAGGUUCUGUACUAAUGUUAAAGAAAGGCUGAGGCAGUGAUACUUUAUGAAUAAAUAUAUUAACUAAAUAAUAAAAAGUCUAAGGAUGGUGCUACACCAUCUGGCAUAAAAAUAAAAGGGGACAGUUAGAUGCAAAAUCUUUAAAUAAAGGUUAGAAUCUAAUAACAAUAAAGGUUUAAAAAAAAAUAAGGGUUAGAAAAUCUACACAUAAUACCCCAUAAUGACAAAGUGAAAACAGGUUUUUAGAAAUUGUUGCAAAUGUAUUACAACUCAGAAAUACCUUAUUUACAUAAGUAUUCAGACCCUUUUCUAUGAGACUCGAAAUUGAGCUCAGGUGCAUCCUGUUUCCAUUGAUCAUCCUUGAGAUAUUUAUACAACUUGGAGUCCACCUGUGGUAAAUUCAAUUGAUUGGACAUGACUUGGAAAGGCACACACCUGUCUAUGUAAGGUCCCACAGUUGACAGUGCAUGUCAGAGCAAAAACCAAGCCAUGAGGUUGAAGGAAUUGUCCGUAGAGCUCCAAGACAGGAUUGUGUUGAGGCACAGAUCUGGGGAAGGGUACCAAAACAUUUCUGCAGCACUGAAGGUCCCCAAGAACUCAGUGUGGCCUCCAUCAUUCUUAAAUGGAAGAAGCUUGGAACCACCAAGACUCUUCCUAGAGCUGGCCGCCCGGCCAAACUGGGCAAUCAGAGGAGAAGGGCCGUGGUCACUCUGACAGAGCUCCAGAGUUCCUCUGUGGAGAUGGGAGAACCUUCCAGGACAACCAUCUCCGCAGCACUCCACCAAUCAGGCCUUUAUGGUAUAGUGACCAGACGGAAGCCACUCCUCAGUAAAAGGCAUAUGACAGCCCGCUUGGAGUGUGCCAAAAGGCAAUGAGAAAAAAGAUUCUCUGAUCUGAUGAAAUCAAGAUUUAACUCUUUGGCCUGAAUGCCAAGUGUCACAUCUGGAAGAAACCUUGCAUGGUGGUGGCAGAUAUUUUUCUGCGGCAGGGACUGGGAGACUAGCCAGGAUUGAGGCAAAGAUGAACAGAGCAAAGUACAGAGAGAUCCUUGAUGAAAACCUGCUCCAGAGCGCUCAGGACCUCAGACUGGGGUGAAGGUUCACCUUCCAACAGGACAACAACCCUAAGCACACAGCUAAGAGAAUGUAGGAGUCUCUGAAAAUCCUUGAGUGGCACAGCCAGAGCCCGGACUUGAACCUGAUUGAACAUCUCUGGAGUGACCUGAAAAUAGCUGUGCAGCAACACUCCCCAUCCAACCUGACAAAGCUUGAGAGGAUCUGCAGAGAAGAAUGGGGGAAACUUCCCAAAUACAGUUGUGCCAAGCUUGAAGUGUCAUACUCAGGAAGACUCGAGGCUGUAAGCGCUGCCGAAGCUGCUUCAACAAAGUACUGAGUAAAGGGUCUGAAUACUUAUGUACAUUUUAUAUCAGUUUUUUUAUUUUAAUACAUUUUAAAUAAUUUCUAAAAACAUGUUUUGCUUAGUGAUAGUGUGUGUAGAUUGAUAAGGUGAAAAAAAUAUUUCAUCCAUUUUAGAAUAAGGCCGUAAUGUAACAAAAUGUGGAAAAAGUCAAGGGGUCUGAAUACUUUCCGAAUGCAAUGUAUAUAACAGUCUUUUUACUAUAGGCAAGAUCAACACUGAUAGCAGCAAACAUGUAUGGCAGCAAGACUUUGGGGUGACCAUCGCUAAUUGUGAAUAGGAAGCUAUUCUUGCCAAUGCAAAGAAAAUAUGUUGUUCCUAUACAACUCAUCAGCUACAGUUUAAGAUGUAAAUAUGACCCUGCAUGUUUUGGGGUAUGUCCCAAAUGUAUGCAGCAGAAAGGUACUCAUGCACAUCUCAUCUGGUACUGUCCUAUUGUUAAAGAUUUCUGAAAAGAGGUGAAAAGGGCAAUUUCAAAUACUUUGGGCUCUCCAAUUGGUUUACAGCCUCUCCAAUAUCUUCUGCAUCUACACUCAGCUAACCCUGCACUGAAAUGUCAUAAAAACUAUUUGAUCUAAUGUGCUACGCUGCUAGAUUAACAAUUCUUCAAUCAUGGAUAGAUGACACUAAACCAAAACAAUUCCUGGUGACUCAGAAAUCUGUUAUGGUUGUUUCCCCUGGAAAGACUGACUUUUGUCCUGAAAUGACGUUGAACCAAGGUGGAAUAGAUGUUGAAUUGACAUCUGUGCCUAUUGAGUUGAUGAGAUUUUUGCAUAUCUGGAGUCCUGUAGGUUCAAUUUAUAGGAGAACAGUUUGUGAAUAUAUUUUUGAAGGGGAUUGCCAACCCAUAACCCACCAAGCCUCUGAGUGUUGCUGUUUUGGUACCAUUGGAAAUCAGUACUUUUAAUAAUUUGUUUGGGUGGGAAGUGGAAUAGGGAGAGGGGUGGGAAAUUAUUAGGACAUUGAAAUAAGCUGUUUCUUUAUCAUGGAAGCACAUUUGUCAAAAAUAAAAAUGGUAGAUUACAGUGACACUGCUAUUUUUUUUCAGUUUUUUUGUCCCCCGCGAUAAAAUCGGGGUGGGGACCGUGCAUCUUUCGCCAUCUUUUUUAAAAAUGUGUCUGUAUUUUGUAUAUGUCGAUUGCUCCGUGUUAUUGUUGGUUUUGUCUGUAAGGAAAACAUUAAAUAAAAUGAUUGAAAGCC